UAUUUUAUCUGCGAGUCUGGGUCAACUCGGAGACGCGGUGGUUUCUUCCACAGUUGGCAUCGCGAAGUCUUCUUCUACCCGGAGGAAAUCCAUCGGCAGCGCUUCUUCUUCUUCCCCUGGAUCUCCUCUAGUGCCGUCGACGCUCCCGUUCUCUUCUGAAUUCGAUCGGCAAGUCUUUGAAUUUGAUCGCAGGUUUUGAAAGCAUUGGGGAACUCAAUGGAGCCUUUUUUGAUCUUUUUGAGGCUUUCGUGCUUCAUCAACCUUGCUUUCUUGAUCUCGCUUCUGAAACUGGCGCCGGUCGAUGCGUUUUACCUGCCCGGGAGUUAUAUGCGUACGUACUCAAAAGAAGAAAUGAUAUCUCCGAAAGUGAAUUCUCUCACUUCUUUUGAGACGGAGAUCCCUUUUACCUACUACAGUCUUCCCUACUGCCCACCGGAGGGAGGGAUCAAGAAGAGCGCGGAGAAUUUGGGCGAACUUCUUAUGGGAGAUCAGAUCGAUAACUCUCCCUACCAGUUCCAUGUCAAUGUCAACGAAUCCUUUUACCUCUGCACGACAAAGCCACUCACUGUGGAGGAGGCGAAGCUCCUGAAGCAGAGGACGCACGAAUUGUAUCAGGUGAACAUGAUUCUCGACAACCUUCCUGUUAGGAGAUUUAUCGAACACAACGGCGUCACCUUUGCAACGACAGGGUUUCCGGUUGGUUUCACAAUGACUGAAGAUUACAUCAUCAAUCACUUGAAGUUUAAGGUCCUUCUGCACGAGUAUGAAGGCGUGAAGGUGAUUGACACGGGUGAUGAGGGCAUGGCCGUGGUUACACAAACUGAAAAGAAAACUCUGUCUGGAUAUGAGAUUGUAGGAUUUGAAGUUAUUCCUUGCAGUGUGAAACAUGACAUAGCUGCCAUGUCGAAGCUUAAAAUGUACGACAAAACUAAAACUAUCGACUGCCCAGUAGAGCUCGAUAAGUCUCAACCUAUCAGGGAGAAGGAACAGAUCUCAUUCACCUAUGAAGUUUCAUUCGUGAAAAGUGAUAUCAGAUGGCCUUCUAGGUGGGAUGCUUAUCUUAAGAUGGAUGGCGCCAAAGUUCAUUGGUAUUCGAUAAUGAACUCUCUGGUGGUCAUAUUCUUUCUGGCCGGAAUAGUCUUUGUAAUCUUUCUGAGGACCGUGAGGAGGGACCUUACUAGAUACGAAGAACUGGAUCAAGAGUCUCAAGCUCAGAUGAACGAAGAGUUGUCCGGCUGGAAACUAGUCGUCGGCGAUGUCUUCAGGGAGCCAACUUCCCCGAAGAUGCUCUGCGUUAUGGUUGGCGAUGGAGUGCAAAUCACAGGCAUGACCGUGGUGACGAUUGUGUUUGCUGCUCUGGGGUUCAUGUCCCCUGCUUCACGAGGCAUGCUGUUGACGGGGAUGAUCAUGUUCUAUCUAUUCCUCGGAAUUGCUUCUGGAUACGUCGGAAUCAGGCUAUGGCGGACCAUCAAAGGCGGGUCAGAAGGGUGGAGGUCCGUGUCGUGGUCAAUCGCUUGCUUCUUCCCCGGGAUCGCGUUUCUCGUUCUCACUGUUUUGAACUUCAUGCUGUGGGGGAGCAACAGCACCGGCGCUCUCCCGUUCUCAACGUUUUUCCUUCUGCUGUCCUUGUGGUUCUUCAUCUCGGUGCCGCUCACCCUUUUGGGCGGCUUCCUAGCCACUCGAGCCGAGCACAUUCAGUUCCCCGUGCGAACGAAUCAGAUCGCGAGGGAAAUUCCGGCGAGGAAGUUCCCUUCGUGGCUCCUCGUCCUCGGCGCCGGAACUCUACCCUUCGGCACGCUCUUCAUCGAGUUAUUUUUCAUACUCUCCAGCAUAUGGCUGGGGAGGUUCUACUAUGUCUUCGGCUUCUUGCUCGUAGUUCUUGUCUUGCUGAUCGUCGUCUGCGCUGAAGUUUCAGUCAUCCUGACUUACAUGAACCUGUGCGUCGAGGAUUGGCAAUGGUGGUGGAAAGCUUUUUUUGCUUCUGGAUCAGUUGCCUUGUACGUGUUCUUGUACUCCAUCAACUACCUGGUGUUUCAGCUUAGCAGUUUGAGCGGGUCUGUUUCAGCAAUGCUCUACCUUGGCUACUCACUGAUCAUGGCGCUUGCGAUCAUGUUAUCGACAGGGACGAUUGGAUUUCUGGUCUCGCUUUACUUUGUUCACUAUCUUUUCUCGUCAGUGAAGAUCGACUAGAGGUUUAGUCCCUUGAUUUCAGAUAUGAUAUAUUAUCAUAGGUUUAGUCACAAUACUUGCCACUACUUCAAAGUUGUAGCGAACUCCGUCCUUAAUUUCACUGUUGUCUUUUUUUUGUUCUUAUAUUACAGAAACUUAUAUAACUAAGAUGUUUAGUUUUUAUUU